AGUCUUCUUCUUCCAUAUAAAUCGCAAUACGAAUUCCCGAAGGAACGACUGAAGCUUCUCACACAACUCGGAACCGGCGCUUUCGGUGUAGUGAUGAAGGCUACCGCCACUGGUAUCAAGGUAAACGAAGAGACAACGACAGUUGCCGUCAAAAUUGUAAAGGAUAAGCAUGAUGACGAUGCUAUGCGUGCCCUGUUAUCAGAGCUCAAGAUAUUAACACAUCUAGGUCGACACCUGAACGUGGUGAAUCUUCUUGGAGCAGUUACCCAAAAUGUUUCAAAUCAUGAGCUAAUGGUUAUCGUCGAGUAUUGUGCUUUCGGAAAUUUGCAAGACUACCUUCAAAAACACCGAAACCGUUUCAUGGAUCAGAUUAGUCACCAAUCGGAUGAGAUAUUACAGUUGAACAGAACUGAUCGCGUGUAUGAAUACAACGUUCAUGGUUUGAAAUACGUCAGCUUAUCGUUUUCUACGGACAAUCUAAAUCAUCCUGCACAAUGUUGCCAACAAACAAGUAGUAACGAAGUAUAUGAAAAUUCCUUUCAAAGCAACGAUGCCUGCCCCGAUGGUCAAGAAACCCAUCAUACAUCUACUGAGGGACUUACAACUCAAGAUCAUUUGUCGUUCACCUCAGACGAUCCCUUAAAACCGUCUAGCCACCUAACGAGCGAUCCAGUAGCUCCUUUAAGAUCACUAAAUACAACAGUUCUCAUAAUAUGGGCUGCACAAAUUGCUAGCGGAAUGGAAUACUUGGCAUCGCAAAAAGUUAUGCACGGUGACCUAGCAGCUCGUAACAUUCUGUUAUGCGAAGAAAAUGUAGUAAAGAUUUGUGAUUUUGGACUGGCGCGGACUAUUUAUCGACACAACGUUUACAAGAAAAAUGGCGAAGCAUUGUUACCAUUUAAAUGGUUAGCAAUAGAAUGCAUCUCAGAUAAUGUAUUUAACACUCAGUCGGACGUAUGGGCAUAUGGUAUCGUAUUAUGGGAGUUGUUUUCCCUGGGAAGAGCCCCAUACCCAGGGUUAGAUGCUAAUCUCGAGCUGUACAACAUGCUACAAGAUGGUUACAGGAUGCAAAAACCCCAAUUCUCCAAUCGAGAUAUCUACGAUAUUAUGCUGAAUUGCUGGGCAGAAGAUCCGAAUUCCCGACCCUCGUUUAAAGAUCUCAGGUGCCGAUUCAAUGCUAUGAUGCCCGACGAGGUGCAAGAUCGAUUAUUAAAACUUAACGAACCGUAUGUAGCAUUGAAUGUUGCGAAUGCAAAAAACAACGGUACAAGUGCAUCGAUUUCACUUGACCCUUUAGAAAUGCUGCCUUCCUUUGCACAAGGUUAUGUGAAUGUUAUAAAUUCCUCUCCACAUUCAUCUUCUGACUAUCAAAGCCAACCGAACGAUGAACGUGAACCUCAAGAGGAUGCUGACUGUGAUGCUACUAGCAGCGAUGAAAAUGAUUGAGAACUGAUGGAAUUUGUGGAUUCUUGUAAGAAUCAAACUGUCAAAUCCGAUCAUACCAACAAACAAAGCAUUAACAAAGAGCUGAAAUUGCCAAAAACUAAGGGUUCUCUCAGAAAUAUAGCUCAUGGAAACAGUAAAAUUCAUUACAAUAUAACCCCGGAGCUGGUCGCCAAUAUUCAUAACGCCUUCUCCAAUCCAACUUAUAUUGAAACGAAACAGUUCAAUGAAGAGCGUUGAUAGCCACUUA